AUGACCUCCAUGGCACCCAUGGCCGCCUGCUCGGGAGAUGGGGUCGCCAUGUUCGAAGCCGCCAGCGCCUCGUGGACCUCAGCUCCAGGACUAGAUGGCAGUGUGGAUGUUGUGUAUGACAAGAAGAACGUAUGGGUCGUGUGCGUCGUCAUCGACCACCCAUCAUCGAGGACAGGGCCUCAUGUGGGACCUCGGGAGGAGGGGAGAACAAGGGCGUGCACAACAUCAGAGCCGAUGAAAUUCAUGUGCAUGGACUGCGUCCGGCCUGCCGUGGCCGACCGCUCCAUCCUGCUCCUCUAA